AUGGUUUACAAAUACGUGAGGAAAACCCAGCAGCAAUCAUGGGAUGCAGCUGCGAUGCAGAGAGCUAUUGAAGCUGUUAAAAAUGAUGGAAUGGCGUAUUCAACUGCUGCAAAAAUUUUCUCUGUUCCUAGAAACACUCUAAAGAGGAGGGUCCUUGAUAAGAAUGUCGAUGCAAAAAGCAACAAAAAGGUACUAGGAAAAUACCGACCUGUGUUCACAGAAGAACAAGAAGCAGAAUUGGUGCGACACGUAUUAGAUCUAGAGGUCCGAUUCUUUGGAGUCACCAUUUUAGAUUUGCGGUCAUUAGCGUACAACCUAGCUGUACAAAAUGGCAUUCCAAACAAUUUUAACCGUGAAAAAAAAUUGGCUGGCUUAGACUGGGUUGCUGGAUUCAGAGAUCGGCACCCCGAAAUUAGUUUAAGGAAACCAGAGCAGACUUCUGCAGCAAGGGCUCAGGCAUUUAAUAAACAUAAUGUGACAAGGUUUUUUAAUAUCCUUAAGGAUGUUCAAGAGAAGCAAUUCCACCCUGCGCACAGGGUUUUCAAUGUUGACGAAACAGGUCUCAUGACUGUUCAGUCUAAGAGCUCCAAGAUUCUUGCUCUUAAGGGUAGGCGUCAAGUUGGUACAUUGACAUCGGCUGAAAGAGGUCAGCUAUCAACCUUUGUUGUGUGUAUGUCAGCUGGAGGGUACUUUAUUCCGCCAUUCGUGAUUUUUCCAAGACUUAGGAUGAAAGCAGAACUUCAAGAUGGUGCUCCACCAGGAACUAUGGUUGUCUGUCACCCAUCUGGAUGGAUGCAAAGCGAGAUUUUUCUUCAGUGGUUUGAGCAUUUUCUGACUCAUGCCAAACCGUCAGCUUCCGACCCAGUCUUGUUAAUCUUAGACGGUCAUUCAACCCAUGCAAAGAAACCUGGCAUUUAUUGA